UGUGAUCCAAGGGCACGUCGCCCGGCCUGGCGCAACAGUGCGUCUGCCGCGCGUUUUCGAGAUACGGACGAGCCCCACCGGAAUGCUGUCUAGUCGCGGGUUAGGCGCUCGGAGCCAGCGGGCGCCAUCCCCUGACGCCUCUCGACGUCGCAGCAACUUUGCGACCAAAUCCCAUCCACUACCCCGGGUCUCUGUCGCCUGCACGCAGAUGAGACACGUCGCUGCCCGCGACCAUGCUCGCCAAUAAACAGCAUAUCGUGCCGCGGCCGGCGCGCCUCCUGCUCUUCCUCGCCUUCGUCUACGCCUUCUGCUGGAUCAAGGGCUGGCCGGUCACCUACGACGAUGAGGAACUGCCGCCCAGCCAGCGCCCGAAGGCGACGACAGCCCUCGGCGAGCACCGCGUCUCUGCCGACGGCCUGAUCGUCACCGUCACCACCGCCGAACAAGACGCCUUCACCAAGCUUGCGCCCGCCCUGCUCUGUCUCGACCCCGCCCACCACAAGGACCUGCUGCUGAUGGGAGACGCCAUGAUCAACAUCGGACCGUUCCCGGUGUUCGAUGUUCUGGCGAAGUAUCCUGCCAAGUACGUCGCCAAGACAGACGAGCUGGCGAGGUACAAGCGGCAGCGAGAGUAUGCGCGGAAGGGCCUCCCGCCGAGCAGCCUCCAGGAGAAGGACCCGAAGAAAGAGCAGGCCGUACUGACGGCCCUGGCCAAAUACAAGCUCUUUAGGGCCAUGGAGAGCACUUGGGAAUACCGCCCGAAGCGGGACUGGUACGCCUUCACCGACGAGGAGACCUUCAUCGACCGAGGGAACUUGCUGGAUUGGCUGAGCCAGCACGAUCCGAAGCUGAAGCACUUCUUUGCCAAUCCACCCAUCGCCGUCGUGCCGGACGCUUUUGCAGCUGGUGGCACUUCCUUCAUCCUUUCUGGCGAGACAAUGCGACUUCUGUUCCAAGACCGGAAAACCAUGCUGCAAAACUUCAAAAACUGGGACCCCAGGCUUCCAGACUACCCCUCGGCCCUCCAUUUCAUCGAGAGUUUUCUCAAGACCGAGCUUUCUCUGGAGAUGAAGAGCUUCUGGCCUGGAGUGUCGGGCUUCAAUCCAGCCACCGUCACAUACUCGCCAGGACUUUGGUGCGACCCAGUCCUUAUGAUGCACCACGUCUCUGCUGGCAUUGGGAAUCACCUGUACAAAUUCGAGAAGGAGCGAGCCGAAGAGCAAAAAAUCGACAGCACCCUGCGUUACGCCGAUCUGUGGUACCAAUUCAUUGGCCGAGAAGAUCUGAACCAGACCCGCCAUGACUGGGAUAACCUGUCCUCCGAAUCCACCAACAACAGAUGGAAUAUCUUGUUUGCCAACGAGGGCAACGCCGACGCCAGCCGUGCCACCAGAGGAGAGGAAUCGUGGGAGGCGUGCAAGCAGGCAUGUGAGAGCAAUAAACACUGCCUACAAUGGUCAUACUCUUCCAUUGAAGCGCCCAACUGGAACGAAAACGGCUUCACCAAGUGCCAUCUGAGCAGCAGCAUGCGCCUCGGCGCGCACGCUGAGCCAGAGCAAAUCGAGGUCAACGGCGAAGCCAAGCCACGGACCUGGACGAGCGGCUGGAGGAAGGACCACUUCAAGCGCUGGGCAAAUCAGCAGCGGUGCAAAAACCAGCAACACUAAAGGAAGGUCCUGCUCACAGCGCAUUCAUGCAUUCCAGUCCUGCGAUGACUUGGCCUACGUGGUGCUCUUUGGUGGAGCAGGUUGUUCCA